CUGACCGUCUUCACCAUCGGCCAUAGCAGCCGGACCCUGGCUGAGCUGGCAGACUUGCUGGAGGAGCACGGCGUCAAAGUGUUGGUCGAUGUGCGCACCGCCCCCCGCAGCCGCAGCAACCCACAUUUCAAUCGAGAAUCCAUGGGCGGGGAGCUGCCCAGGCUGCACGGAUGCCAGUACGAGUGGAUGGGGCGGGAGCUGGGCGGGCUGCGCAAGCGCAACAAGGCCCUGGCUGCCAACGACGGCUGGGAGAACGAGAGUUUCAGGGGCUAUGCCGAUUACAUGCAGACCCCAGCCUUUGCAGCCGGGCUGCAGCAGCUGCUGCAGCUGGCGCGUGCGAAGCAGCCCGUCUGCCUGAUGUGCGCCGAGACCUGCCACUGGCACUGCCACCGCAUGCUGCUGUGCGAUGCUCUGGAGGUGCACGGCUGCCAGGUACGGCACAUCAUGCAGCGCGGCAAGGCCCCGCUGGCACACCAGCUGACCAAGUUUGCGCGGGUGCACGGCACGACCAUCACAUACCCGGCAGCGGCGCAGCAGCAGGAGGCAGGCAGCGAUGCCGCCGGC